AUGGGAUAGGUAAUAAAUAGUAUUCAAAAGAAACCUAGUAAUAAUUUAACAAUGCAAAACGAAUAUUAGCCAGAAUUCAUUAAUUUUAGACAUGCAAUUUCUAUAUUAUCAUAUAACAUAUUAGCCGCUAUCUAUUGUGACCAAUCACAGACUGGUUACGCUCAAAAUCAAUACCUGAAAUUUUCAAACAGAAGUACUAAAAUUAUCGAAUAAUUGAAAAUUUUCAAUGUUGACAUAUUUUGCCUUCAAGAGGUUGACAACAUUGACUUUUAUCAAGAGAGGAUCAAGAAACUAAAUUAUGAAAUUUGCUUUGUUUAGAGACCUUAAAGACCUGAUGGAUGUUUGAUCGCUUUCAAAGUCGAUAAAUUCAAGUUAUUGAAAUCUUCAGAGUACUCUCUCGAUAAGAUGGCCAUUAAUUAUGGGCUACCUCUUCAAUACCAAAGAUAGAAUGUGUUUUAAAUUGUCAUUCUGGAACAUAUAUUAACAAAAAAACAGCUAGUGAUUGGAAACAUUCAUACCUUCUGGAAUCCAAACCAGGAUGACUUAAAAUAUUUUUAGAUUGUCCAGCUAGUACAAAAGAUGGAGGCUGAAAAAGAAUCCGAUGAUCAGAUACUCAUAUUUUGUGGAGAUUUAAAUAGUCUCCCUCAUUCUAACCCAAUACAAUACAUUUAAAAAAAUAAACCCAUAGUUGAAAGAAUAGAAAAAUCUUCGAACCAAAUCAAACUAUAAAAGGAGAUAUUCGAGCACUACGGUCCACCUAAGUUGAAUUGGCAAAGUGCUUAUCAUCCAUUCCCCAAGUUUACUAAUUAUACAACAGACUUUAAAGGAUGUAUUGAUUACAUUUUCUAUCAUAAUGCAAACGUGGAAAAGAUAUUGAGAUUGCCUGAAGAAAGUGUGUUAUAGCAAGAAGUAGCAUUACCCAACAGGAAUUUCCCCAGUGAUCAUUUGCCGAUUUUAGCAUCUUUUGAUUUUCACUUUUGA